CUUCCUGUGUUCACAUGCGCUGAUUCAAGAGAGGCGUCAGUGACAGAGUGCGUCUGAAACGGUAACACACACUAAAUGUCUGUGUUUAAUUACAAUCUUGAGCGUUUAAAGUCUCACACUGGCAGCGUGUUCGCCUGAAGGAUCUCAGAAUGGAUAAUCGCUGUUACGGCUGUGCGUCAAAGUUCACUCUCUUCAGAAAAGAGUUGGGUUGUAGAAACUGUGGCCAUUCUUUCUGCUCUGGAUGCCUGACAUAUAAUGCUGUGGUGCCAAAAUAUGGAAACAGUCAGCAGAAAGUGUGCAAACAGUGUUAUGGAAACCUAACCAGUUCGGGCAUCCAGACUGAUGCUGGCAGAUGGUCCCCACCUGAAAACUACAAAAAGCGAGUCGCUGCUCUCGAAGCCAAACAAGCUCAGCAGAAUCAUCCUUCAAGACCUACAGGAGGAAAGAGCAGCACUGUGAGUCUGAUUCCAACCAGAGGACUCAGUAAAGAGGACCAGAUCAUCGCAGAACGACUCAACAAGCUGAGAGAGGAAACCAAGCCAAAGUCCAUUCCGUCAGAGAAGGAGCUGGAGUCUCGUCUCGCUGCCUUAAAGGCCCCGCUUCAGCCCGUGCCGUCCGCUAAAGACAUGGAGGAGCGUCUGGCUGCUCUUCAGGGACGACCCUCGCCCGCUCAAGCCCCACGGCCUGUUCAUCAGCCGCCCGACAGCAGAACUCAGACCGAGCAGGCCAAUGAUCUGAUCUCACAGAUGACAGAAGAGGUUGCUAUCGAUGACCAGCAGCCGUCUUCAGAGGAUGGACCGUUAAAUGAUCUUAAUAAACAAGAGGGCGGGGGUGUGAAUGAGAACGUGGAUGACGGCGAGCUGUCAAUCAAACAGCUGGAGGCGGAGAAGAGCCGUGUGCUGGAGGAGGCCAUGCAGGAGCUGAAGAAAGACAAACAAAACCAGCAGCAGAUGCUGGAGAUGGCCAAGAGACUGGCUUUCCUGCAGGGACGGGAUCCUGAGCAGGUCCGACUGUCAGAUUUCCAGCAGCCUGACAGUGAUGAGGAGACGGAGGAAGAGGCCAUCAACAGGGUGGUGAAACGGUUAUCAGAGGAAGCAGCUCUAGAUGAGGCCAGCGGCUACAACAUCCCACCAGAGCUCAGUGGCCCGAUGAACAGAGAGAAGGACACGUCCAGCUGGAAACCAUUCUCAUUGCCGUGGUUUAAAUCAAAGCCGGCAGCUGCUGCCUCACAGAUCCAGCGUGUAAAAGAUGAUGACCGUGAUGAGGAUGAUGAAGAGCUGCCAUGGUGCUGUAUCUGUAAUCAGGACGCCACCAUUCGCUGCCACACGUGUGAACGAGAUCUGUACUGCGCCCGCUGCUUUAGGGAAGGUCAUGACAAAUAUGACAGAAAAGAGCAUCGCACUUCCUCAUAUACGGCUCCUAAGAAAGGCAAGAAGAAAACCUGAAACCUCCACCAGCAGCCGCAGGAUUUAAGUGAUGAACUUAUUUAAUUGUAGCCAACAGAAAAUAAUAAUGUCGCUUAAAUGUGCUUCUAACGACACAAAGCAGCCUUAGACUUAAGAUUGUCCAAAGUCUUAAAAUGAUGUUGUUAUCAUCGUUGGUGGAGUUAAUAGACUCUUAGAAGCUUGAUAAAUGAUGGGUUUGUUCAGGGGCAGACUGUAAUAUGACCAUCUGUAAAUAUAAAACUGGACAACUUACGUUGCGUCUUCUCUUUGCUGGCAUUUUUCAUUGUUGUUGUGAAUAAUUGAAAGGCCAGUAUUGAGGGUAAGCAGAGCACUGUCAGAGACGAAUCACAGGAAGUCCAUGCAAUGCAUUAGUGUUCCUGAGCCAUCGUGACAUUUAAGACGCUACAUGACUUCACUGGCUUGUACUGUACUGUUAUCUGUUGGCAUCACAUUGGCAGAGAUAACAAAAAACUAAAUUAAAAUAAAUGGAAAACAUUGAAUGUA